GGCGGCCGCUGCCCCGAAGCCUCCGCCCGGAUUGCCUCGUGCAGCCGCCCGCGGCUCAUGGCUCAGCCCCGGACAGCGGCUUGUCCCUGCUGAGCCCGGCUCCAUCCAGCAACGACCGCUCGGGCAGACACGGGUGACAGAGCACCGUGAGCCUUGGGCCCCACCUCCACCUCCACCAUGUUGGCCUGUCUGCAGCGGACCCAGAACCCGCCCCCUCAGCACCUCCCCUGUCCCAACAAGACCCUGGAGCUCCGAAAGUGUGAGCCGGUCAGCUCCAUGCAUUCGCCACGGUACCCGAGCCCAGCCGAGUUGGACGCCUAUGCCCAGAAGGUGGCCAACAGCCCCCUCAGCAUCAAGAUCUUCCCCACCAACAUUCGCGUCCCGCAGCACAAACACCUUAGCCGCACCGUCAAUGGGUACGACACGACGGGCCAGCGCUACAGCCCCUAUCCGCUGCAUGCCAGCGGCUACCAAGGUCUGCUGGCCAUCGUCAAAGCGGCCGUCUCCUCCUCCGGCUCCGUGUCUGCCCCUGCCGCCGCCGCCGCCUCCUCAGGCAAAGGUGUGGUCAAGAAUGUGGAGGGCAAGCGGACGAAGUUGUCACCCGCGGGGGUGCAGGUGGGCAUCGCGCCCUACCCCGUGUCGAGCACUUUAGGGCCCAGCGCCGUCCCCUUGGGCUACCACGGAGGGCAGAAGCCACUGGAGGGGCCCGCCCCACCCCCUAACGUCACGGUGGCCGCCUCGGUCAUCCCUCUGGCCGGGCGCGGGCUGGCACUGCCACCGUCGAACCUGCCCUCCAUUCAGAGUAUCAUCUACCAGGUCAACCAGCAGUGCCAGGCGCAGGGCUCCCAGCCGGCCUGCCAGGGGGUAGCGGUCACUCACCCCAGCCCAGCCAAACGCCCUGCAGCCGCCACCCCCGCCGGCUUCACGGGCAUGGCCGGCUCCACCAUGGCCUACGCCAGCGCCAUGCUGCCCGACUGCCGCAAGGGGGCCGAGCUGGUGGUGGGGGCCACGCCAGCCAUGGCCCUGGGGGGCCUCAAGGCCGCUGGUUACCCGGACGGCGGCGGGGCCGGCCUGGACUAUUUGAUCUGGCAGAAGCAGCAGCAGCAGCUGCGUUUGUACAGCGGCGGCAGCGGCGGGGGCGGGGCCGUGAGCAAGUCCCCCGAGGUGUGUGGGGGCGGGGCGGGGGCAGCGGCCGCCGCCCGUCCCUACCUGCUGGGCGGGGCGGCCGCGGACAAGGUGAGCUCCUCCCCGUUGAAUUGCGUGGGCAUGCACGGCAACUUCUCCGUGGGCCCCUACUUUGCCCCUCCCUGGAACAGCAUCCUGGUCACCCCCAACAGCGACUGUUACAACCCCGGGCCGGAGCUGGGCCCCGCAGCCCGCGAGCUGGCCGUGCACCCCGCCGACGGGCUGUCGGGGCUCCCCAGCAAGACGGUCUGCAAUACCUCCAUCCUGAGCAGCAGCCUCCAGUCCCUGGAGUAUCUCAUCAAUGACAUCCACCCGCCCUGCAUCAAGGAGCAGAUGCUGGGCAAAGGCUACGAGACGGUGUCCGUCCCCCGGCUCCUGGACCACCAACACGCCCACAUUCGCCUGCCCGUGUACAGAUAAGGGCCGGGGGCUCUGGUCCGGACGGACAGACCGGGAGGCAGGCCAAGGGAAAGCGAGGGGAAAGGGGCCACGCGCCUACUGGGUGCCCCUGCCCACACCUCCUCGGGCCCUACCGUGCCCCUCAGCCCCCAGGCGGGGAGGGGCCAUGGGCCAGAGAGCUUCCUCCAGGGCAGCUAGGAGAUCCUGAGAGGCUUUGAACAGAAGCUCCGGCCAGGCGGGAGGGACGGACCAGGGUCCUGAGCAUUCGCAAGUGGGGAGCGCGGGCAUCGGGCUCUGGCAGGCGGUGUGGGUGGGGGGCUGCUUGGAGGAGAGGGGGCAGCGGGAGGGCUGACCCGAGCCUCCGAAGACGAGGCGGGGGGCGGGGGCCACGCCCACCCAGGCUCUGCCACCGCUGCCCAGGGAAACCCCUACCCUCACACUGCUUUGCAAAAAAAUAAAUAAAUAAAUAAAAAUAAAUGGGGACAGUCUAGAGAAAGAAAACGAAACCACUUGGAAAACAUGGAUGACACCACGUCUUAGUUACCCCUCCCUCUCACUUCUGUGUUGGCCGCUACCAAGACGGGGGCCGGUCCUCUUCAGCCCUUCCCAAUUAGUCUGGGGAUUGGGCUUCAUCAAGUCCUAGAUGGGAUCAGUGGGAAAUAGGGGUGGGGACAGCCCAUGGGCUCCUACUGAGGGCGGGGGCGGGGCCAGACUGUGGAAUCCCAUCCCCUACCCACCCACCUUGACUCCCUCCCCCGCGGUCCCCUCUGGAUGCAGCCCUCUUGGCAGAAAUAAAGGCCACCCGAGGAGGCUUCACGACUGCCCUGUCCCUACCCCUCAUCCCCCCAGUCCCUGGGCAAGCCAGCUCUGCCGCUGUAUUCAUAUGCUUCUCCCAAGUGGGGCCACGGGAGACACUCCCCCCCACACCCCAUCCGGAGCAGUCUUCAGGGGUCACUGGAACCUUCGCAGGGUCCCCGACCCCUCUGCCCACUGGCCACUCGCCUUCCUCCUCCUUCCCAUACCUAGUAGGAAUUAGAGAAACAUUAGAUUUUCAAAGCCCAGGACCCAUUGUCCCCACCCCCACCCCAACCUUCUCCUUUAUUUUCACCCUCAGAUUUUUUUUUCUGGAAUUAGAAAAGAAAAAAAAAAGCACCCUGCCUGUCAUUCCCUCCCCACUACCCACCCAGCCAUAGCCACCAACUAAGUUAGUGGCUUUAUAUCCUGGUCCUUGGGUAUUUAUUUUACAUUUUCUUGGGACCCUUCCUGAGUCCUUCCCUGCCCCCAGCCAUUCCCCAGGUCUGUUGGUGGAGUGAGAAGCCCAGAAUCCUAGGAGGUCUGCUUCCCUUGCCUCCCUUCCCCUGGGGCCCCAAGCUCUUCUUCCCCUCCUGCCCUUCUGUCAUGCUCAGACAGAAAGCAUUCUGCAAGGCCUGUGCAAGCACUAAGUGCAUUUACAAAUCUCUGAGAAUGUUUUUUUGUACUAAAAUUGACCAUUAUAUUCUACUGUGAGAAGUGCUGUCUGCACUAUAUUGUUUUAAAAAGAGAGAAAAAAAAGAAAAUGCGGAUGUA